AUGGUUCCGCGACGUAUCCUUCUCGCAUUUGGAGCCGCAUCGGCAGUACUUGCAAGUGCUGACGAGGCCUUAAAGUCAUGCCUCAAGUAUGCUUUGACUGAUAGUGGAACUGUCACCUUUGCCGGCGAUCUCCUCUUCCAGGCCGCCGCGAAUCGAUAUAAUCUGAACAUCCCUGUGACACCAGCUGCGGUGACUGUCACCACCUCUUCGCAGGAGGUGGCAGCCAUCGUCAAGUGCGCGGCAGAUAAUAGCUAUUCAGUACAGGCAAAAAGCGGAGGACACAGCUAUGCGAACUACUGUCUUGGGGGAGACGAUGGUGCUGUCGUCGUGGACUUGAAGCAGCUUCAACAAUUCUCCAUGAAUUGUACAAACUGGCAGGCCACCAUUGGGGCUGGGAAUCUAUUGGGCGAUGUAACUCAGCGCUUGCACGACGCCGGCGGACGAGCCAUGUCUCAUGGUACUUGCCCCCAAGUCGGUUCUGGUGGACAUUUCACAAUCGGUGGCUUGGGCCCGACUUCGCGGCAAUUCGGUGCUGCUUUGGACCACAUUGUGGAGGUGGAGGUUGUUCUUGCGAACUCAACCAUCGUUCGAGCAUCUGACACGGAGAACCAGGAUGUAUUCUGGGCUAUCAAGGGGGCUGCUUCGGGUUAUGGCAUUGUCACCGAGUUCAAAGUUCGGACCGAGCCUGAGCCCGGUAGUGCAGUGCAGUAUGCAUACAGCAUCAAGGCUGGCAGCACUAAAAGGCGAGCUACUCUCUUCAAGAACUGGCAGGCAUAUAUGUCCAAUCCGAAGCUGACUAGGAAGUUGGCUUCUACACUAACACUGUUCGAGGAUACUAUGGCUAUUACUGGUACCUUCUUUGGCACCAAAGAAGAAUAUGACAAUCUCCAGAUUGAUAGCCAAUUUCCCGGAGCCAACGGCAGCGCCAUAGUCUUUCAAGACUGGCUUGGUCUCGUUGGUCAUUGGGCUGAGGACCUCAUACUGGAUUUGGGAGCUGGAGUCCCAACCAAUUUCUACUCCAAAUCCAGCUCGUGGACCCCUCAGAACCUGAUGACAUCUGAAACCAUUGGCGAGAUGUUUGAGUUUGUUGAUUCUGCCGAUAAGGGCACUCUGGCAUGGUUCUUGCUGUUUGAUUUCCAGGGAGGCUACACCAGCGAUAUUCCUGCUAGCGCGACGUCCUACGCCCAUCGUAAUGUGCUUAUCUGGCUGCAGUCCUACACAAUCAACCUUUUUGGACCAGUAUCACAGACCCAGGUUGACUUCCUUGAUCAUGUCAAUGAACUUGUUGCCAACGACAAACGCCCCUAUGCUGCCUACACCGGCUAUGUCGAUUCUCUUAUGCCAAAUGGCCCGGAAGCAUAUUGGGGUACCAAUCUACCACGACUGCAACAGAUCAAAGAGAACAUUGAUCCUAAAAACGUAUUCCGGAACCCGCAGAGCCCGUCACCUGCAACGACGUAA